GUUCGUUAAAAUUUUGAUUAGGUAUUUUUAAAUUCUUAAAAUGUUCAAAUGUAAAGCAAUUAGGUGUUUGUUGGCAAGCAGAUGUGAUGAUCGUUCAUAUCUACGGGAUGCGGCGCCAUUUACCAUCUAUUUUUGUUGCGCAACUCUCGCACGAUGGUUGAUUUAAUGACACGUUGAAAUUAAAUAAAGUAUAAAGUUGUGUCCGUGGAGUUGUCGUUAUUUUAGAAGUGGUCAGUGAAGCGACAACAUGUACCAUUUUGUGGUGUUAGUGUUGUGUAUUCUUCGUAUUGUUUCAUCCCAUUUCAAUCGGGAGUAUGCAGGUACGAAAUUGGUCAAUUUGGUUGCACCUAACAAGCACUGCUAUGAAUCUCUGGAGCAAUAUCUAUCUGUUAAUAUGCUUGAUAUGUACGUUGAAGCAAGAACGCCCAGCUUAUCGAUAGAAGUGGUGGUCUCACGAAAAAAGUACGGGGGGCUAAGAAAAUAUUGCCAGCGUCAGCACAUCAGUAUCGCAGUCCUGGUGGAGGAUGUGAAACGCGAGAUCGAUAAUGAGAAUUACCUCAAUAACAACAUGCAUUACAACACGUUUAACUAUGAACGAUAUAAUCGAUAUCAUGACAUACAAGCUGAAUUGCAUCGAUUAACAUUUUUGCAUCCGACUUUAAUGCGAGUGUGCACGGUUGGUUAUUCAUGGGAAGGAAAGCCACUGCUUAUCGUCAAGGUAUCUGAAGAUGUGAUUAGCUGUCAAAAAGAUGACAAACCAAUAGUAUGGAUUGACAGUGGCAUGCAUGGUAGAGAAUGGAUUACUGUCGCCACUGGAAUGAACAUUUUGAAGAAGCUCGUGGACAACUACCAGAGAAAUGAGACAAUUCGAACUCUGUUACGUCAAAAAACUUUCUACUUUGUCCCUGUAUUUAAUCCUGAUGGUUAUGCACACACAUUUACCACCGACCGCUUGUGGCGAAAAACGAAAACAAGUUUCGCGCACUCAGAAUGUUACGGCGCUGAUCCUAACAGAAAUUGGAAUAUUAUGUGGGGAGGUUCAAAGAAGAAAUCCGAUCCAUGCUCUCUCUUCUACAGAGGUAUGGAAGCUGAAUCCGAACCAUGUGUUCACACGUACGCAACAAUAUUACGUCGCAAGCAGAAAGCACUACAAGCAUACUUCACGUUACACUCGUUUUAUGAACUUCUUUUCAUUCCAAAUUCUUAUACACGCAAACCGCCCUCCGAUAUCGCUGAAAUAUAUCGCGUAGGUAACAUUUUUGUCAAUGCUAUCAAAAGAAGACAUAACACGGAAUAUAAUGCAGUGUCAGCAUCUUUUCUCUUUGGUCCAACAUUUGGAGUUUCAGCCGAUUACGUUCACGACAAAUUGAACGUGACACACUCCUACAUCGUGGAAUUAAGAGGUGGUCUUAAAUUUCGUUUCAUGCUUCCGCCAAAUCAAAUAAAGCCAACCGGGGAAGAGACAUACGAUGCAAUUGUAGCGAGUGUUCAAGCCAUCGAAAGUUGAUCUUCUGAUUGUGUAUGAACACCUGUUGUAAAUAUUAAUGUAUUUAUCUUCUUUGAAACGACACCGUAGAAUAUAUUAUAUAAA